AUGCAUAGACCAGACCAGUCUCUCUUCGGCUCAAAGUGUCCAACGAUCGCCAUGCCAAUGGGUAGUCGCGGCUACAAUGAAGCGGAUGGGGCAGAGGUGCCUGAUCUGCCGCAGGUUGCCAUCUCCUUCUUGAUGUUCAUGCAACACUUUCCACUAGCUUGGCUAAGACCUCCCUACAAGAAGCCUGACACCGUCACCUUCUUUGAGGCGGAGGAGGCAGGAAAGCGUCAACUCGCAAGUCUUCUUGAUCUCCGAUUGGGUCAGCUGAAGUUUGCCAAUGCUCAGCAGCUGAAGAGUUGCUUCAAGGCACACUCAGGUCUGGAGUUAUCAUUUCUUCCUCGUCAGGUCAUCGUUUUGAUACAUCCAGAUUUGCGUCGUCUAAAGGCAACUGCUGAAAUCGUGCUCUGUCAUAGCAAGCCCCGGCGGACUCCUUGGUUUGGCACUGGAAGUCUUUCGGCAAGCGUGCUGCUGACAACAAGCUCAAUGCAGAACAAUAUGAGCUUUUUGGAGCAGCUGGACGUGCGUGGUCAGAAAGUCCGACAGUGGCCGCAGCUGGUUCAGGCCACGUGUCCCCAAUGCCGCGCCUCGAAGCCGCUUCCGGGGACGCCGCCCGCGGCCGCGGCGUGGCGUUGCAACGGCUGCCGUGGCGAUCCGGAGAAGUGCCGCGUGGCGCGGCGUGCGGCGGCCGCCUAUAGCUCCGGAGCGGUGAGAGCUAAAGGCACCUUGGAGUCGAUGUUGCUCUCCGCGAUCAAAAGAGGCCAUGCAGAAGCAGCUCUGCUUUGCGCCAAUGCUUUGGCACCUUUGGACUCCGCCGUCUUUCUGGAUGCGGCCCUGCGGGGUCGGCGGGCAGGCAUCGUCGCGACGAUCUUGAGCUUCAGCGCUGAAGAAACGCUGCCGAAGGCGUUGGGAGCUGUCGAAAGUCAUUGGCUCAACACUGGCAGAGAUUUCAGGCUGAUCCGACAGCAGUUACAGGAGGCCAGAGGUGCUUUCUUUUUGAACCCCAGAGAUGAGGCCCUCUCACAGGAUUUGACCCAACUCCUUCGGCAAGCUCCGGUCCUUACAGCUCUCUUCAUGCCUAUGCUGGGGCUCUUGAAGGUGAUGGCCUUCAUGGCCCUCUUCCUCUUCGACUGUGCCUUCGUGGAGCGCUUCACCUCGGGCAUCGGAAACCAGGACUUUACGUUGGUGCAGCGAGAUGGCAGCUGUGGUCAGCAGGGCAUCCCAGGGCUGGCAGCGCCACCUUCUGGCCGUCGCAGAGUGGUGUGCACUGCGCUGGCGAACUCGGGCGAUGACAUCGCACGUGCGCCCAGCUGGAAAGACACCCUGAAGGGUGCUGCCUUCUGGGCCAAUCCCAACCACUGGGACAAGGUCCCACAGUCUCUGAAGAUGAAGCUGAUCUUCAUUUUUUUCAAGGUGGUGGGCACCAUCGGAGGCUACCGUGGCCGUGCGGCCUUUGCCCGGAAGAGUGGCUUGAAGCCCUUGAUGAAGCGACGGGAAGAAGCCCUGGCGGUGGUGGACCUGGCCUCGGAGGUGAACUACGAGAAGUUCCCGAACGUUCAAGAGAAGUUGCGAGAGGCACCAGGAAGCCAUGCUGCAGCAGUGGUUCUGCCGGUCUACACACGCACACAGCAGGAUGUCAAAGAGCUCCGCGCGACGCUGACUGCUUUGUCGAAGCAGACGCGCGUGCCUGAUGUGGUGUUGCUGGUGGAUGAUGCUUCGCCCGAAGAGCUAGAAGCUGCAACUCGAGAAUGGCCGGAUGACCGACUAGCACUGGUACGGCUCCAUCGCAACGUGGGCCCGGCCGGUGCACGCAGCGUGGGCUUGCGGCUGCUGCGCCAGUGGGCGCGAGGCCGUGAUGUCGUGGCUUGCCUCACUGACAGUGACGCUGCACCGGACAGAGAGUGGGUCGAGCAGAUGGUUGAGGCACAAAGAGAAAGGCCGGGCAUCUUCUCGGGACCCACGCUCUCGGUGGAUCAAAGUGCCACGGGGAAGUUCCACGACCACUUUGGAAACUUGAACGGCCGCUGGUCGUGGGAUGAUCCCAAGGACGUGCUACUCUACGGAUGCACCUGCAAUUUUAGUGUGAACCUCAAUUCCAUCGACAUGGAAGAAUUUGAUCCCAUUUUCUCCCGUCCUGGAUUCGAGGACAUUGAGUUCUGCUGGCGUCUCCGUGUGGAGAAGAACGUCAUGACGAGGUACUGUGAGAAAGCGCGGAUGUACCAUCAGUAUGACCAUGGACCAGUUGGCCUCUACCGCCAGUUCUGGAAGUAUGGCCACACGGAGCCCAUCAUGGCGUGGAUGCAUCCGGACUUCACCUUCCAGGGCUCACGCCCCGUCACAGUGGGCUUCAAUGACCCCAGGGAUCCGGAGGCCCGGAACUUUGACACCUUUGCACGAUCAGCAGUACAAGGCAUCGACGGAGUGGUCCAGUUUCUGAAGUGGAAGACCAAGCGAGAGCCGCCGCCCGCUUCCGGUCGGGCGCGCGGGGCGCCGAUCACGCCUGGUGGGUGA